AUGACGGGCUUGCGGAUCUGGGCUUCCCUGGGCAGAUUCUUGCUGCUCCCGCUUCUAACGCCAUGCACACUGAUGUCGACUUGGGUUCCGGGGUCCCUCGCCCACCCGCAGCCAUGUCAGAUACUGAGAAGAAUUGGGCACACGGUGCGAGUGGGGGCCGUGCACCUACAACCCCGAGUCUUAAACGGCCACGCCGUGGGGGUCCAUGACAUCCUCGGAGAUGGCCACGCCGAAGGAGGAAGAAGCGUAGAAGAUGCGGAGAGUGGAAGCGAUCACAGCUGGAAGGGCAGCGCAUCCAACAGUCUAACAAAUAAGCAGAACAAGGGCGCGAAAAGAACAUUAACGAAUAAAAGUGCCGAGGAUGAAAGUGGCGUGUUUCUGCCCAGAGAGUCCGUUUUGCUCGCCACGGAUGCCCUCAACAGCGUGGUCGGUCUUUUGCCGUUCAACUUGUCUCUGGAGGUGGUCAUGGUGGUUGAAACGAGUCUUGGAGAGCUGCCCGCCUUCUCCUUCGCCUCCUCGACUACGCCAGCUUUCGCGGACCCCGUGUCAUUCCUCCAAAGCGUGUGCCACACGGUGGUGGUACAGGGGGUCUCUGCCAUAAUGGGCUUUCCUCAGAGCAGGGACGAGAUGUUGGAGUUAGAGUUCCUGGCCACCGCACUGCAAAUCCCCGUCAUCAGUAUUGUUCAAAGCGAGUUCCCGCGACAUAGUAAGAACCCCCUCCACCUCCAGAUGAGCAUGCAGAACUCCAUCACCCCUCAGGCAGAGCUCAUCAUCUCCAUCCUGUCCAUGAACAGCUGGUACCACAUCAGCCUGGUCCUGUGUCAAGAAUGGGAGAUCUCAGACUUCCUGCUCCUGCUCCAAAACACCUCCCGAUUCCACCUGGGCCCCACUGUGAACAUCUCUGCCAUCGGUACCACCGGGGAUGGCAUCCGUGGGCCCCUGAAGGCCGUAGGGCAUGUCGCGUCCACGGUAGUAACCUUUGGGUGCGACAUCCAGGAUGUCCAACAGAUAUUCAGAGCCCUUGCAGAGCUAUGGCCGACGGCGGACCACCACUGGGUCCUGGGGGACGCUCAGGAUGUGGGGGAGCUGAGGACAGAGGGGUUGCCUCUGGGGCUGGUGGCUCAUGGGAAGAUGGCAGAGCCAGUGCUAGACCACUAUGUGCAAGAUGCCCUGGAGAUGGUUGCCAGGGCUGUGGGCUCUGCGGCCCGUGUUUCCCCGGAGCUUGCCCUGCUGCCGAGCACCACCAACUGCCUGCUUAUGGACAACAGAAACCUAACCUCAGGAAAAUACCUUUCCAGGUUUUUGGCUAAUACGUCAUUCGAUGGCCUGACUGGCUUCAUUGAGCUCCAGCAGGAGUCUGUGAUCACAUCGGAGAGCCACCACUUCAUCUGGAACUUGCAGCAUGACCCCUUGGGCAACCCCACGUGGACACGGCUGGGCCGCUGGAAGCAGGGCCGGAUGCUGAUGGACCAUGGGAUGUGGUCCAGUAAGGGGCAGACACAGCGGGGUGGGGACUGGAGGCGGCCAUCCAGGCUGCAUCUGCGAGUGGUGACCCUGGUGGAGCAUCCCUUCGUGUUCACCCGGGAAGUGGAUGAGGAUGGACAGUGCCCCGCCGGACAGCUGUGCCUGGAUCCGCUGGUCAACGAUUCGGUGGUGCUGGAGCACCUGUUUGCAGCCCUUCGGGGCCCAAACAGCACCGUUCCCGUGGAGCUCAAGAAGUGUUGCUAUGGCUACUGCAUCGACCUGCUGGAGAAGCUGGCAGAGGACAUGGCUUUUGACUUCGACCUCUAUAUCGUGGGCGACGGCAAGUAUGGAGCCUACAAAAACGGCCGCUGGACAGGACUGGUGGGAGACCUCCUCAGUGGUGCUGCUCAGAUGGCCGUCACCUCAUUCAGCAUCAACUCCGCCCGCAGCCAGAUGAUCGACUUCACCGGCCCAUUUUUCUCCACCAGCUUGGGCAUUCUGGUACGGACCAGGGACACAGCCGCGCCCAUCGGCGCCUUCAUGUGGCCUCUGCACUGGUCUAUGUGGCUGGGCAUCUUCGUAUCACUGCAUGUCACUGCCAUCUUUCUCACCCUCUAUGAAUGGAAAAGCCCCUUCGGCAUGACGCCCAAGGGCCGGAACAGGAAGAGGGUCUUCUCGUUCUCCUCUGCCCUAAACGUCUGCUACGCCAUCCUGUUUGGCAGGACGGCAGCCAUCAAGCCGCCCAAGUGCUGGACAGGCCGAUUCCUCAUGAACCUCUGGGCCAUAUUUUGCCUGUUCUGCCUGUCUACCUACACUGCAAACCUGGCCGCGGUGAUGGUUGGGGAGAAGACCUAUGAGCAGCUCUCAGGAAUUCACGACCCCAAGCUGCAUCACCCAUCCCAAGGCUUCCGGUUUGGGACUGUCAGAGAGAGCAGCGCGGAGGACUAUGUGAAGAAGAGCUUCCCCGAGAUGCACGAGUACAUGCGGCGAUACAACGUCCCAGCAACCCCAGACGGAAUCGACAACCUGAAGAACGAUCCACAAAAACUUGAUGCCUUCAUCAUGGACAAAGCUCUGCUGGACUAUGAGGUGUCAAUAGACGCCGACUGCAAGAUGCUCACGGUGGGGAAACCGUUUGCAAUUGAAGGUUACGGCAUCGGACUUCCCCAGGGGUCUGCGCUCACCUCCAACGUCUCAGAGCUGAUCAGCCAGUACAAGUCCGACGGCUUCAUGGACGUGCUGCAUGACAAGUGGUACAAGGUGGUUCCAUGUGGCAAGCGGAGUUUCGCCGUUACAGAGACUUUGCAGAUGGGGGUCAAGCACUUCUCGGGACUGUUCGUCAUGCUGUGUGCCGGCGUGGCCCUGUCGCUCCUCACCACGGUCGCCGAGCAUGUCGUCUACCGCUUCGUUAUCCCCGGCAUGCAGAAGAAGCCCCGGUUUAAGUAUUGGCUUCACACGAGCCAGAGAUUACACCGUGCCCUGAAUCCAUCAUUCCACGAAGACAAGCUACAGACUGUGGCUAAACUGGAGAAGAGCAACAACGUCGAAAACAAUCAAGCCCAGUGGAAUGCCUCCAGCUCCAACUGCAACCGGCGGAAACUUCCGCUCCAAGGGGGUCAGCAGAAUGACCGAGAAUACAUACAGUGCAAGGAGAUCGCCCCAGCAUCAGCCAAGACAGAACUCCCCCUGCAGACCACCUCCAACGGAAAGACCGAUUUACUCGGUCUGGCCAGGAACCCUAUACUUCAAGAACUCUCUGAUCUAGAGACCCAGAUCCGGAUCAUCAAGCAGGAACUACAGCUGGCCAUUAAGAAGAAGGAGGAACUGGAGCAGUACCAGCAAAGGACCACGACCACUACCAUGGAAUCAUAGGUCCAUCCUCGGCUCUCCCUUAAACGUUGGGCUAUCGGAGACACGUCCUGGUCAUUUCUUCUUGCCGAGGAUUCAAGCGAGCUACUGGAUGGUUCCUCCUUCUGUGUUGACGUGGUAACCUCAGAAACCUGGAACAUAUAUUUUUGUUCAUCACUGAAAACUAUCAGUUUGCACACAGUAUUUUGGAGAUACCAGCUCUUUUGAAAAUUUGGGACUCUACAGUUGUACAAGAACCUUCAAAGCUACUGCUCUGCACUUGAACACUUUGAAGCAGGUCAUGCAGACGGGGCUGCAGCACAUUCGGCGAGGGCGCACGUGCGCGCACACGUCUCUGAAGUGUGUCGAGAAAAGCAGGAGGCCCACCACACGGCGGGGUCCAGGUCACCUUCGGCGAUGAUGCAAAAGCUCAGAAAACUCAAAGGCUUGUUAAUAAUGUAUGAAUGCAGCUGCUCCUCAGUGGAGUCCCAGGAAAGCUCGAGUCGGAGCGAUUUGAUGCCUGACACCCCCAGACAAUUCGUGCCGCCCCCCCAUCUCAUGGCUGGUUACCCACUUUAAGUGUGCUUGCAUAAAUGGCGGAUCUCUUUCACACCACAAAAGGCUGCCCGUGUGAGGGACUACACCACUGGUCAGACUGCAAAGCAUGGCCCAUCGCCAUGUCGGGCAGCUGAAAAGGGGAUAACCGGCUGCUGAUUAUGUCUCCACUUUGGCCAAUAGUAAGCUGUGAAAGGGAGCCCUGGGUUUAUUCCCAGAAUCUCCAAUCUACAUCGGAAUUCACUCACACCGCCAU